AAGCAUUUCAGAUGACUGAAUUCUGCCCUUUAGUUUGUGAGGGCUUUGCUGUUACAUCUUCCUACUCAAACCAAACCUACAUUGAUCGCUAUAUUUCAGAAGGAAGUUUCAACAGCUGGACGACUGCGGAGAAUUCUGUGAGAACCCGACUAUGCAAGCCCAACGUCAAGUGGCUCCUAGAAGACCUGCCCUUCAAAAGAACCCCAUGACAGUGGUGGUACUGAAGGCAACAAACUCAAUUGAAUAUGAAUUCUCAGGACAGAGGAAAACAAAAGUGUUUCUUGCUACAGUGGCCACUUCCAAUCAAGUGUUCCAAGUGAAGGUUUUAAACAGCAAGCUGAAAAAGGAAUUCAAACAAAAGAAUGUCAUUACCAUGUCACGAUACAUUCAAUACAAAAAUGUCCUGGAGGUAGAUGAAAAGUCAGAUGUGCAAAAAGCUCCUGAAGGCCAGAUGAUUGAGAUCCCAGAAAGCAUCUGGAUAAGGGCAAAAACACCUCCUAAGAUUAGAGAUCUUUUCCAGGAAGAUUCAGAUAAUCUUCCAACAAUCGUGUCUGGAUGGUUUCCCUUAAAAAAGAAAAAUGAUAGAAGGAAGACGACAGUCUAUGUAAUACAAGACAAUACAGGAACCAUAGACGUCGUGGGGAGUGGACUAUGCUAUGGCAUCAACUGUGAGGAAGGAGACAUGCUUCGACUCUUCUGCUUUUAUCUGAAAAAAAUCAAGGGGGAGCUGAAACUGAUGAGUGGAAAGUGCAGCUACAUUGAGGUCAAGAAGAAGAGAAACAAACCACAACAGAGCAGUCCUACUUUAAACCUGAAAAUUGAGCUGGACAAGUCCCUUCUGGAUCUAUCAAGUAUUAAGUAUACUUUUCAACUGAAGAACACUGCUGAAGAAUACUACUUCCAAAGGAGGCUUGAAAAAUCACUGCAGAACACUCAACAAUUCCAGAACACUCUCUGUAUGAUCCACUAUGUGAACGGGAAACAAUUGUCCUCAUUCUUCAUGGGUUCUGCCAGAGAUUUCAUCAAUGAGAUGGAGAAGGAAUGCAAAAAAAUUCUUCUGCUGAAAGGGCUGCAGCCCCUCAAUGAUGAUCAGUUUAGCAUGGUAAAGUCCCUGAUGGAUUCUGAUUUGGGACUGACUCCAAAAAUGAAAGAAGAGUAUACCAAGGUCAAGAUUGCUGACCUGAUGCAAAAGAAAUUCCGGGGGAUUACCUGUGUGGAGAAACUCUUGGAGCUGCUCAAAGACAUAGAAGGACUUGAAGACACUGUGAAAACUAUUAAAAAUGAGAGGAGAAAAGUUAUGAAGAAAUACAAAGUACAAGGACCAGCUCCAAUGAGAAGAAGAUGGCAGGAGGCAUCCAGUACCAGCGAAUCACCAUCCACCGUGAAUGAAGCUUCAGAAUCAGUGGAUGAUACACUUGCGACGCAGAAAAAGAAAAAGAAAACCACAAACAAUGAUAAAUCUAAGACAACACAUGAAUGGAACCAGCUUCCUGAACAUUCAGGAACAGGUGCACAGUCACCUGGGAGCGUCCCUCAGCCUCCUCAGAUGCCUACACCAGGCCCAGGCUCCAGUUCCGCGACCAAGAAAAGGAAAGCACAAGCCAAAAAACCUGCACAACCUGUGAUGAUGCCACCAACGCAGGGAUGGGGUCAGUCUGGAAAACCCUCAGUAACAGGUGCACUGUCACCUGGGAGCAUCCCUCAGUCUCCUCCACCGACCUCAAGCUGCAGUUCGUCGACCAAGAAAAGGAAAGCACAAACCAUAAAACCUACACAAUCUGUGAUGAUGCCGCCAACACAGGGAUGGGGUCAGCUUGGACAACCGUCGGUAACAGGUACACUGUCACCUCAGAUGCCUCCACCAACCCCAGGCUGCAGUUCGUCGACCAAGAAAAAGAAGGCACAAACCAUAAAACCUGCACAACCUGUGAUGAUGCCGCCAAUGCAGGGAUGGGGUCAGCUGGGACAACCCUCAGUAACAGGUGCACUGUCACCUGGGAGCAUCCCUCAGUCUCCUCCACCAACCCCAGGCUGCAGUUCGUCGACCAAGGGGGAAGAAAGCUACUUUCAGAAAAAGAAAACACAAUCCAUAAAAACUGAAAAACCUGAGAGGAUGCUGCCAACACAGGGAUGGGGUCAGCUUGGACAACCCUCAGUAACAGGUGCACUGUCACCUCAGAUGCCUCCACCAACCCCAGGCUGCAGUUCGUCGACCAAGGGGGCAGAAAGCUACUUUCAGAUAAAGAAAAUACCAACUGUAAAAACGGAAAAGUCUGAGAUGAUGCUGCCAACGCAGGGAUGGGGUCAGCUUGGACAACCUUCAGUAACAGGUGCACUGUCACCUGGAAGCUUCCCUCAGUCUCCUCAGAUGCCUCCACCAACCCCAGGCUGCAGUUCCUCAAUCAAGAAACCAAGAUUGAAGGCUGUGCCUACAAAAGCUUCCAGAGAAGAGGGUUUACAGACAGGCGCCAAAGAAGUGAUGGUGCUGAAAGCAACAGAGCCAUUUGCAUAUGACAUCACAGGAGGGGAGAGAGAGAUGUUUCAUGCCACUGUGGUGACUGAGAGCCAAUUCUUCCAAGUGAAGGUUUUUCAUGUCAGCCUGAAGGAAAAGUUCAUCCCAAAGAGAGUCAUCAUCAUAUCAGAUUAUAUUGGCCGCAAUGGGUUCCUGGAGGUGUACAAUGUCUCUUCUGUGUCUGAUGUCAAUCCUGACCGGAAGAUGGAUGUCUCAAGCAGACUGAUCCAAAAUGCAAAUGCAACUCCUAAAAUCAAGGAUCUUCACUUGGAAGAGCCAGGAAUAUUUGUGAAUGGGGUGUAUCAGGUGCAUAAGAAAAGGGUGUUGAAUGAAUGCAUCAUUUUGUAUGAAAUACAAGAUAAUACAGGGACAAUGGAUGUCAUGGUGUAUGGACGACUGACCAAAGUCAACUGUGAAGAAGGCGAUAAACUCACCCUCAUCUGCUUUGAGCUAAGUGGGCCUCCAAGACAGCUGAGAUCUGUAACUCACAGCUUCAUCAAGGUCAUCAAGCCCAGAAAAAUCAAGAAAGAAUAACUCAAUCCCUAUUUUUAUAUGCAAGCCUCAGCAUAA